AGUUUUUUUAGGCACUCCGUAGUUCCUCAAGUUCAACAUACGGGUUGUGCAGCUCCUACGGUCUCCGUGUUUCUCCAACACAUUAAGGGGAACGAGUGAAGUGGAAAGAGAGAGGAAACGUAAUAUAUGGAAUGGCAAUAUCUAAGAACGGCUUGACCAUCUGUGCCCUUCUCGUGAUACUUGCUGUUUUUGAAACAUGGGACUUCAUUGAAUUUCCAUGUCUGGUUACGCCGGAACUUAACAAAGAAGAGCAACUCCUACCUCACACUAGACAGAGAAGAAAUGUUCCAACAGGCCAGUGGAAAUACAGCAUUGAUGUCGUAGUGAAUGUCUCUGAUGCACAAACCUUUGAGCUGAUUCGCUCAUCCUUGAAUGCUACUGAUCUUCCCAUACGAAUCGAUAACCAAACAGAGAUCUCGGACAUCAGUAUCACAACCGUGUGUUCGUCAACUGACUCUGGUUUCCAGUGCAGAUGUGAGGAACAGUUUGCUUGGCCGUACAGCACCUGUGUCACAUACGGUGCCUGUGAACGCACGUGGAGCAGCAUUUGUAAAUGCAUCAAUGCUAUUCCGCCCGGCAACCAGUCCUGUCAGCCGAUAUCAGCGCUGCUAACUCAGGUUGAGUACGACGUGGAAGUGGAGCUGAACGUGACAGAUGUUGCGACAGUGGACCACCUCAGGAGCCUAUUGAACAACAACAGCUUCUCGUUCGACCUGGGUCCCAUUGUGAAUGUCACAAACAUCGACAUCAACACAGUUUGUUACCUGAAUGGUAGCAGCUUCCAGUGCAGAUGUGAGGACCAGUUCGUCUGGUCUUCUACGGACUGUGCUACAUACGGAGCCUGUGAUGAGAUCACUAAUGACACGUGCAGCUGUAUCAACAGUAUUCCAUCCAAUGGGCACUACUGCCAGCCAAAGACAGCUCCUCCAGUUGUUUAUACAUACCUCAUUUCUGUUGAGUUGAACAUCGCAGAUGUUGGACUAAUAAAUCCACUGAGGACCAUUCUGAGCAACAUCAGUUACCCAAUCAGCAUCAACCAAAUACAAAUCUCGGAUGUCAACAUUUCGACAGUUUGCUCUCCGAGCAGUAGUGGUUACCAGUGCAGAUGUGAGGAUCAGUAUCGUUGGUCAUGUGACCAGUGUUUCAUGUAUGGAUCCUGUGACAACAUCACCUCCGACACAUGUGGAUGUAUCAAUGCCAUCCCUGCUGAUGGACAGCAUUGUCAGCCUGUUGACCAAUACAACUUUACAUUUUGUCCAGUUACGACGACCACUCCAUCACCAACAAUUUCUCUAGUUGUCUAUGAAUAUAUUAUUACAAUUGAGCUGAACACCACAGAUGUUACAGUGAUAGACCGACUGAGAAACAUCAGCUACCCAGUCAGCAUCAGCAACAACACACAAGUCUCUGGCAUGAACAUCUCUACAGUUUGCUCUCAGAGCAGUAGUGGUUACCAGUGCAGAUGUGAGGAUCAGUAUCGUUGGUCAUGUGACCAGUGUUUCAUGUAUGGAUCCUGUGACAACAUCACCUCCGACACAUGUGGAUGUAUCAAUGCCAUCCCUGCUGAUGGACAGCAUUGUCAGCCUGUUGACCAAUACAACUUUACAUUUUGUUCAGUUACGACGACCACUCCAUCACCAACAACUUCUACAGUUCUCUAUGAAUAUAUUAUUACAAUUGAGCUGAACACCACAGAUGUUACAGAGAUAGACCGACUGAGAAACAUCAGCUACCCAGUCAGCAUCAGCAACAACACACAAGUCUCUGGCAUGAACAUCUCUACAGUUUGCUCUCAGAGCAGUAGUGGUUACCAGUGCAGAUGUGAGGAUCAGUAUCGUUGGUCAUGUGACCAGUGUUUCAUGUAUGGAUCCUGUGACAACAUCACCUCCGACACAUGUGGAUGUAUCAAUGCCAUCCCUGCUGAUGGACAGCAUUGUCAGCCUGUUGACCAAUACAACUUUACAUUUUGUUCAGCUACGACGACCAGUCCAUCCCCAACAACUUCUCCAGUUCUCUAUGAAUAUAUUAUUACAAUUGAGCUGAACACCACAGAUGUUACAGAGACAGACCGACUGAGAAACAUCAGCUACCCAGUCAGCAUCAGCAACAACACACAAGUCUCUGGCAUGAACAUCUCUACAGUUUGCUCUCCGAGCAGUAGUGGUUACCAGUGCAGAUGUGAGGAUCAGUAUCGUUGGUCAUGUGACCAGUGUUUCAUGUAUGGAUCCUGUGACAACAUCACCUCCGACACAUGUGGAUGUAUCAAUGCCAUCCCUGCUGAUGGACAGCAUUGUCAGCCUGUUGACCAAUACAACUUUACAUUUUGUUCAGUUACGACGACCACUCCAUCACCAACAACUUCUACAGUUCUCUAUGAAUAUAUUAUUACAAUUGAGCUGAACACCACAGAUGUUACAGAGAUAGACCGACUGAGAAACAUCAGCUACCCAGUCAGCAUCAGCAACAACACACAAGUCUCUGGCAUGAACAUCUCUACAGUUUGCUCUCAGAGCAGUAGUGGUUACCAGUGCAGAUGUGAGGAUCAGUAUCGUUGGUCAUGUGACCAGUGUUUCAUGUAUGGAUCCUGUGACAACAUCACCUCCGACACAUGUGGAUGUAUCAAUGCCAUCCCUGCUGAUGGACAGCAUUGUCAGCCUGUUGACCAAUACAACUUUACAUUUUGUUCAGCUACGACGACCAGUCCAUCCCCAACAACUUCUACAGUUCUCUAUGAAUAUAUUAUUACAAUUGAGCUGAACACCACAGAUGUUACAGAGAUAGACCGACUGAGAAACAUCAGCUACCCAGUCAGCAUCAGCAACAACACACAAGUCUCUGGCAUGAACAUCUCUACAGUUUGCUCUCUGAGCAGUAGUGGUUACCAGUGCAGAUGUGAGGAUCAGUAUCGUUGGUCAUGUGACCAGUGUUUCAUGUAUGGAUCCUGUGACAACAUCACCUCAGACACAUGUGGAUGUAUCAAUGCCAUCCCUGCUGAUGGACAGCAUUGUCAGCCACUGACAGUAACAACUACAACUGUUGCAACGGCUAGGAAUACUACAACAUUCUUAACACCAACCACCACAGCCAUAACAGAUUCAACACUUACAUCACAUAUGAACACUGCAACAGCUGCAACCCCAGUGCCAACUACUAAUGCAUCCAGCCAAAACACCACAAUUAGCUCAGCAACACCAGACGUUCCACCAACAACCAUAAUAACAAAUACUAGUAACACAGCUACUACGAAUAUCCCCACCACAGCAACGAUUGCUAAAACUACCACCACAUCUACGGCUGCUACCUUGACCCCGGCUACCACCAUGACUAAGAUUGCUGCCACUAACACUACCCCCACCCCAACUACAGCUGCUACUACGUACAUCACGGCUACCACAACAACUACAAUUGCUCACACUAACACUACCCCCACCACCACUACGGCUGCUACCACGAGUAUGAUUGUUACCACGGCUACCCCGGCUACCACCAUGACUACGAUUGCUACCACUAACACAACCCCCACCCCCAAAACAACUACAACCACUUCCCCAACCACAACCGCUACUACAAUUGUUACCACGGCUACCGCGGCAACUACGAUUGCUACCACUAACACUACCAACCCCCCCACCACAACUACGGCUGUUUCGACGACCACUACACCUACCACUAAUACGAUUGCUACCACGGCUACCAACACGACUAUGAUUACUACCACUAACACUACCCCAACCACGACUGCUACUAUGAUUGUUACCACGGCUACCCCCACAACUACAAUUCCUACCACUAACACUACCCCCACUCCCACCACAACUACGGCGGCUACCAUUACCAUUGCAUCUACUGCUACUACGAUUCUUACCACGGCUACUCACACGACUACUAUUCCCACUACUAACACUACCAAACCCCCCACCACAAGUACGGCGGCUACCAUAACCAUUACACCUACCGCUACUACAAUUGCUACCACGGCUACCCCGGUUACCACCACGACUAAGAUUGUUGCCACUAACACUACCCCCACCCCCACCACAACUACAGCUGCUACCACGUACACCACGGCUACCACCAUGACAACGAUUGCUAACACUACCAACCCCCCCAUCACAACUACGGCUGUUUCCACGACCACUACCCCUACCACUACUACGAUUGCUACCACGGCUACCAACACGACUAGGAUUGCUACUACUAACACUACUCCCACCACCACCACAACUACGGCUGCUACCAGGCCCAUGACUGCUACUAUGAUUGCUACCAUGGCUACACCGGCUACCACCAGGACUACGAUUGCUAUCACUAACACUACCCCCACCCCCACCAUAACUACGGCUGCUACGACGUCUACCACGGCUACCAACACGGAUAUGAUUGCUACCACUAACACUACCCCAACCCCCACUACAACCACUACCCCUACCACAACCGCUACUAUGAUUGUUACCACGGCUACCCCCACGACUAUGAUUUCUACCACUAACACUACCCCCACUCCCUUCUCAACUAUGGCGGCUACCAUUACCAUUACACCUACCGCUACUACGAUUGUUACCACGGCUACCCCCACGACUACUAUUCCCACCACUAACAUCACCAACCCUCCCACCACAACUAACGCGGCUACCAUUACCAUUACACCUACCACUACUACGAUUUCUACCACGGCUACCCCAGCUACCACCACGUAUAAGACUGCUACCACUAACACUACCCCCACCCCAACCAUGACUACAGCUGCCACCACAUAUACCACGGCUAGCAACAUGACUACGAUUGCUACCACUAACACUAUCCCCACCACAACUAUGACCACUACCCCUACCACGAUUGCUACUACGACUGUUACCAUGGCAACCCCGGCUAGCACCACGGCUGUGAUUCCUACCACUAACACUACCCCCAUCCCAGCCACAACUACAGCUGCGACCUUGACCACGGCUACCGACACGACUACUACCACUAACACUACCCCCACCCCCACCACAACUACAACCACUACCCCGACCACGACCGCUACUACCAUUGUAUCCAUGGCUACCCCGGCUACCAACAUGACUACGAUUGCUACCAUUAACACUACCACCAUCCCCUCCACAACUACAGCUGCUACCUUGACCACAGCUACCAACACGACUACGAUUGCAAAUACUAACACUACCCCCACCCCCACCACAACUACAACGACUACCCCUACCAUGACCGCUACUACCAUUGUAUCCAUGGCUACCCCGGCUACCAACAUGACUACGAUUGCUACCAUUAAUACUACCACCAUCCCCUCCACAACUACAGCUGCUACCUUGACCACAGCUACCAACACGACUACGAUUGCAAAUAUUAACACUACCCCCACCACCACCACAACUAGGGCUGCUAGCAGGCCCAUAACCACUACUAUGAUUGCUACCAUGGCUACCCAGGCUACCACCAGGACUACGAUUGCUAUCACUAACACUACCCCCACCCCCACCAUAACUACGGCUGCUACGACGUCUACCACGGCUACCAACACGGAUACGAUUGUUACCACUAACACUACCCCAACCCCAACCACAACUACAACCACUACCCCUACCACUACUAUGAUUGUUACCACGGCUACCCCCACGACUACUAUUCCCACCACUAACACCACCAACCCUCCCACCACAACUACGGCGGCUACCAAUACCAUUACACCUACCACUACUACGAUUUCUACCACGGCUACCCCAGCUACCACCACGACUAAGACUGCUACCACUAACACUACCCCCAACCCAACCAUAACUACAGCUGCUACCACAAAUACCACGGCUAGCAACAUGACUAUGAUUGCUACCACUAACACUAUCCCCACCACAACUAUUACCACUACCCCUCACACGAUUGCUACUACGAUUGUUACCAUGGCAACCCCGGCUACCACCAUGGCUGUGAUUGCUACCACUAACACUACCCCCAUCCCAACCACAACUACAGCUGCUACCUUGACCACGGCUACCGACACGACUACGAUUACUACCACUAACACUACCCCCACCCCCACCACAACUACAAACACUACCCCUACCACGACCGCUACUACGAUUGUAUCCAUGGCUACCCCGGCUACCAACAUGACUACGAUUGCUACCAUUAAUACUACCACCAUCCCCUCCACAACUACAGCUGCUACCUUGACCACGGCUACCGACACGACUACGAUUACUACCACUAACACUACCCCCACCCCCACCACAACUACAAACACUACCCCUACCACGACCGCUACUACGAUUGUAUCCAUGGCUACCCCGGCUACCAACAUGACUACGAUUGCUACCAUUAAUACUACCACCAUCCCCUCCACAACUACAGCUGCUACCUUGACCACGGCUACAAAUACGACUACGAUUGCUUCCACUAACACUACCCCCAUCCCAACCACAACUACGGCUGCUACCAUGACCACUACCCCUACUACAACUGCUACUACAAUUGCUACCACGGAUACCCCGGCUAACACCACGACUACGAUUGCUCCCACUAACACUACCAACCCCCCCACAACAACUACGGCUACUACCACAACCGUUAACCCUACCACUACUACGAUUGCUACCAGGGCUACCCAGGCUACCAACAGGACUACGAUGGCUACCACAAACACUACCCUUACCACAAACACUACUUUGAUUGUAACCACGGCUACCCCAGCUACCACUAACACUAUCCCUACUACGAUUGUUACCACGGCUACUACCACAUAUACCACGGCUAGCAACAUGACUACGAUUGCUACCACUAACACUAUCCCCACCACAACUAUGACCACUACCCCUACCACGAUUGCUACUACGAUUGUUACCAUGGCAACCCCGGCUACCAUCACAACUACGAUUGCUACCAUUAACACUACCCCCAUCCCAACCACAACUACAGCUGCUACCUUGACCACGGCUACCGACACGACUAUGAUUACUACCACUACCCCCACCCCCACCACAACUACAACCACUACCCCUACCACGACCGCUACUACGAUUGUAUCCAUGGCUACCCCGGCUACCAACAUGACUACGAUUGCUACCAUUAAUACUACCACCAUCCCCUCCACAACUGCAGCUGCUACCUUGACCACGGCUACAAAUACGACUACGAUUGCUACCACUAACACUACCCCCAUCCCCACCACAAUUGCAGCUGCUACCUUGACCACAGCUACCAAUACGACUACGAUUGCAAAUACUAACACUACCCCCAACCCCACCACAACUAUGGCUGCUACCAAGACCAUUAAACCUACCACAAACGCUACUACGAUUGCUACCACGGCUACCACCACGACUACGAUUGCUACCGGGGCUACCACCACGACUACGAUUGCUAUCACUACCACUACCCCCACCACAGUCACUACCACCAGUGCACCUACGACAACUAAUAACCAAACAGAAACAGUUUUCAAAAUGGAUAUGUCAAUGAGAUUGGACAUGACUUACACACCAGAAUUAAGUGAUACAUCAAGUACCAUCUACAACGAUUUGAAGUCACAGAUCGAUGCAGUAAUAGAUGAGCAUUAUAAAGGAAUCCCAGGAUAUAGAGGAGGUUUUGUGACAGAAUUCAGCAAAGGAAGCAUUAUUACAAAAUUUGUUGUACAGACGACACAAGUUGACUUUGAUCAAAUUUUGGUUGAAAAUCAAAAACUCCCCGAAGCAAUUACAAAUAGUAGCAUUGCUCCUCUCAUUGGCGCAGUUUCUGCAAUUUACCAAAGUUCAACUUCAAUCAUCAUUCCAGAGCUUACUUAUACUGGUGCCAGCCUGUCCCUGAAGUGUGAGCCUUCAGAAAGCAUUAUAGUGGGACUAAUUUCCAGUUCCAGAUGGACAUUUAAUGGACGUGCAAUUAAAGAUGGUGGAAGGUUUAAAAUAACUACUUCCAACUCUAUGUCUAUGCUUGAAGCUAAGAAAGUGAUUCCUGCUGAUCGUGGAUCUUACAGUUGUACUCUAAACAAAAACAACCUGAAAUUCCAGCAAAAAGGAAUUGUAAUGGAAAGCAAAAUCAAAGAAGCUCCUGUUGUGCGUCUCAAGAGUGAAUUUCAUGUAGAAUGCGUAACUGGAAAGAUGCAACCACUCAAGUGUUGUGUGCAGCGUCCCUACACAAUCAAGUGGUUUCAAGGCAAAGACCAGUUGACCUCAGAUCCUGUUACCGGUGAAGAUGGCAACUGCAUCAAGCAUGAUUACAAAUUAGAAAGCUGCAGUGGAUCAGGGGAAGAUCAAAUAAUUUUUACAUGCAGGGUAGAUAACCCAUCAAGUUAUGAAAUGACGUCGACAAUGACGAUCUUCAAAGAGAAUUUCAGAUGCAAUGACGCUCAGUAUGGGACCGGCCGAGUAAGAGACCGAACAAGCAUUGAGUGUGAUAUAGGUCAAGUAGGAAGAAGGCUGGCGGAAUGCCAGGAAACGGGCGAGUGGAAACUGGUAGAAGACACCUGCAUUGUCAUAGAAAUCAAUGAAUUACUGAUUGAGUCACAGACUUUGGAUGAGGAGGGAGUGCCAGAUUUUGUAGGGAAUCUAAGUAAAGCUGUCCAGAAAGAAAGACAGGAAAUUGAAAAUUCAACUGCAACCAUAUCAGCUAUCGUUGACAUCCUUAACACUGUUGCAAAUGUUUCAACUGCUGUCGAUGAAACCAGCAUGCAGAAUAUCCUAGAGACUGUUGAUGUCAUCAUAGGUGAAGAAUCAAGAGUGUCUUGGGUAAUUUUGAAUGCAAACGACACCCGCAAUUCCAGCUCCAAAUUGUUGGGUUCAUUGGAGAGUCUCUCCAGUUAUUUGGACGGCGAGUUUUCCGUAAGGACGCCACGGAUCCUGCUAAACAGAACGACGUUUGAUGACUCCUUCAUGACAGACCUGAACUCCAGCAUCGUCCUAAACAUUACGAAAAACAGCAUGAGCAAUGUUUAUAUUACCACCAUCCUCCUCUCAACCCUUUAUAUUGUUAUGCCAACACGAAACUCCACCUUUGACGUCAGCCCCAUCAAUACCACCAGUAAUGAAACUGCCAGUGAUAAUGCCAUCAAUGCAGCCGUGUUGCUUGUCAAAAUAAAUGCCACAGUUCAGAAUGUCAUCCUGAGAUACGACAAGCUGAACAGCUCCUUGACAAUGAACCCGCAGUGCGUCUUCUGGAACUUCACACUCUUUGACAAUAUUGGUGCUUGGGAUGAUGAGGGAUGUAAGUUUGUGUCCGACAUAAACAACAUAGUAACCUGCAGCUGUAACCACCUCACCUCCUUCUCAAUUCUGAUGGCAACGGACAUCCCCCCAUCUAUAAGAGAAGCCUUGGAUAUAAUCACUUAUGUUGGAGUUGGAAUAUCAAUGGCAAGCUUGGUAAUAUGUCUAGUUAUUGAAGGGUACGUUUGGAAAGCCAUUACCAGGAAUAGCACUGCCUUCAUGCGUCACGUUUCCAUCGUAAAUACCGCCCUGUCUCUGUUGGUCGCUGAUAUCUGUUUCAUCAUUGGUGCCUCUAUAGCAAACGAUCCCCUUGAAAACCCAGGGGGGGACUACGAACUUCCUCUUGGACCAUGUAGCGCGGCAACAUUUUUUAUGCACUUUUUCUACCUUGCUCUAUUCUUUUGGAUGCUCGUGUCAGGCCUUUUGCUCUUUUACAGGACGGUGAUGGUCUUCUCGUACAUGUCCAAGUCAAUCAUGUUGGCCAUUGGUUUCUGUUUAGGAUACGGCUGUCCCCUGAUUAUAGCUGUUAUUACUGUUGCUGUCACAGCACCAGGGAAUGGAUACAUUAGGAAAUCCGAGGCUUGUUGGCUGAACUGGUUUGAGACAAAAGCUCUCCUGGCCAUGGUGAUACCGGCCUUGACCAUAGUUUUUAUCAACAUUUUAAUUGUUAUUUGGGUCUUAUACAAAAUGCUGAAAAGAGGUGUGGGAGACGCUGCACAAUCAGAUGAAAAACACACGCUGGUGGUCAUAACGAGAUGUCUGGUCAUUUUGACUCCUUUAUUUGGAUUGACCUGGGGUUUGGGUGUGGGAACCAUGGUAUCAUCAAAUAAGGCAAUCCAUAUUGCCUUUGCAUUCUUCAAUUCACUACAGGGUUUCUUCAUUUUAUUGUUUGGGGUACUACUCGAUUCAAAGACUCGUUCGCUCCUCGGAAGGAAAUCCCCUCGAACAAGCACUGGCUCUAAUUCUACGAGAAGUACAGAUGCUGGCAUUUCCUCCUUGAGUGGAAAUAAUUUUAUUGGCAGACUACUAGGAAGAAGAAAUGUCUACCACGUUUCACAAGCUACAAACACAAACAGCAGCGGUGCAACAGAGUCAUUUAGUAAUAUAUGAAUCAAUGCUACAAGCUGUAUAGGUAACAUUUGUUUGAUCAUUCAAAAUGUCUAUAAGAUAUGAAUUUUCUUUUAAGUCAGAAACAGAAGUUAUGAAAUCAGUAACAAAAUAGUGAGGUUUUAAAAGAUUAAAAAUGCUUGAAGGAAUGUUCAGUGUGACAUUCCUUCAAACACUUUUAAUAUAUAAUAUUUAAUAAUUUUGUAUAUAUAUAUAUAUUGUGAAUAAAACUGAAAUAGCAUCCACUGGAUACUCCUGCUUGUGCGGAUACAAAUUGUAUUAGUUAAUUUACAUUCUUAACACCCAUGACUAAUUAUUCUGUGGCUCACUGUGACUCAGACCUCAUGAAAAUGAUGUGCAGCAGCUGCCUUCAUUUAAAAAAUGGAUCUGUUGGUGCCCAUCGCCCUCAUGUGGCCCUCCUGGGUAUUGCUCUUAAAUCAAACUGAUAGAUUUGCUCACAUCAGAUAGUUUAUAAGCAAAAAUUAAAGUUGAUAAAUAAUAGUUUAGAGAUCAAUGGGCACUAUUCUUUCAACAUUUUUGAAUAUUCCUGAAAGGUAUAACAAUUUGGACACAGUUUUUUGCUCAAAGUUUUUUGCUUUUUGCCUUCUACAUAUUUGUUCCUGUUUGUAAAAAUAUGUUAAUUAAAAAUUAAAAUUGUACAGAUAUCUACAUAAUUUAUUAAAAACAGAUUAUUACAGAGUAAUGUUAAAAGAGUCAUCCACACUUCCUGUUAAUGGCUUGAGGCGAGUAGAAGUUCCACAUGUUGACCCUAACCCUAACCCUAACCCUAACCCUAACCCUAACCCAUGUUAGCCGAGGCUGUGCAUGAGGGCCCAUAGCUAUGCUGUUAAACUUUUCAUUGCUUUUUAAUAAAUACUUGAAUUAGACCAGACCGGCUCUUCUCAUAUUUGGGAUAAACGAACAUGCUGACAAUAUCCAUAAAUCAAAUAACAAUAAUUUAACUUGCUAAUUAAUCUCAAACAGAGGAAAACGUGCUAGAAUAUAAACUGGCAUUCCACUCCCAUUGUCUGUCAAUAGAGGAGCAUGCAAGCUCAGCGAGCCAAAGGCAGAUGUGGCAUUUUGGGAGAAGGCGUGUUUCCCCCUUUAACGGGAGGAUGAUUGU